AGCCAACACCCCUCUCGGGGAAAUGAAUUAAUCCAAUUUACAAUCUGAGAGCUCGGGACGAGAGUUUCAAGAUCAUCGCUAUUUCUAAACAUUGAUGGAAAUUUGAGGUAAAUAGACAAUAGAGACAUCUGAAUUGAUAGCAGUGACUUGAAUUUAUAGUGUAAUACAAGAACAAUUAUCCUUGAACUUUCUUACGGACCAAGAAAUCCAAAAUCUUCAAAAAAGUUCACUCGGUGCAAAAAUUGGCCAUUGUUUUGAAAAAGCAAAAGUUUAAACUUUUCGACGAUGAAAUAGCACGUAUUUUGGAACUACUGGACUACUCCGACCGCCAAAGUGCAUCUGCAGGGUGAAAUGGGGGAUAUCACCUCCCCCAAUCGUGAGAUAGAACGACUGAAGAGACGAUUCGAUUUAUACAGAGGUUCUCACUUGGACAGGGCAAAUCAGUAUGAACCUGCAGCUGAUAGACUAAAUGAACACAAUCGUCAAGAAACAAAGAUCCUUCAACAAAAAUAUUUAGAGAGCAGAGCAAAGAAAGCCUCAAAGAGACAACCAAAGGACUCGAGCAAUGGCUCAGAUAGCAAAAGCUCCGUAGUGACACAGAAGCUGAAGAGGAAGUUGGAUUCAAACAGUGGUAUCGACCCAAACGGUCACGUCAACGAUAAUACAAAUCCAUAUAACUUCGAUGACCAAGCAUCGCCGUCUCAGCCCAAGAAACCAUACACGAGUAAAAAUGGUGAAGCUCCACCUAGUGGGGGCAUGGAGAAUCAGAUUUCGGUAAGGAUCGUCCAGGAAAUCAACCCGAGCACAGAUCAAAAACAGACAAUACAAACCGACGUCACGGUUAGUUCAACAUUUAAGCAAGGAGAAAAUACAAACUUUACGUCAAGUGGCACGACGAGUACCCAAGUUACGACAAACACUACGAGUGAAUUUAAACAAGAAAAUCUUGAUGUUCCACAGGGACAUGGUUCAACUUCAUCCGAUCUAGAAAAAUUAGAGGAUUUGGAUGACAUUGAAGACAUUUUGAAAUCAUUGGAAAAAGGAGAUGAAAGUUUAAUUGACAAUUUCAUUGAAAAUGAUGAUGAUAAACACGCACUAGACGCUGUCUUUGCGGAAACUAAUUCACCGAUGUCAUCACUUCCCAAUGACAUGAAUGACUUGUUCGAUAAACAACCCCCACCCCCUAUGACAACCCAGCCUCAGAAUGUUCCACCCCCUCCCUGUCCUCCUAAUGGUGCAGGACCAGCUCCAGCCCCUGCCCCCGCGAGUUUCCCACGUCCCCAAAGUAAUCCACCUAUUGCCAAUCAAACAUAUGCCUUGCAGGCAGGAGAGACACUUAAACGUAUGGCCGCCCAGCAUCAGACUGGCGGAGUCCCAGGGCAGCCUGACACAUUCAGACCGCAACAAGGUGGGCCCCCUAGUGCUUCCAUGGGGCAAGACCCAUCUACACCAUUCCAGCCCCCGCCCAGAGGUUACCCUCCUGGUCCUGGGUUCCAGCAACAAAACCUUACCCAGAAUCCAACCAGUAAUAUGUACCCAUACACCCACCAGACCAGGGCACAGGGGGUACCUACACCUUCCCAGCAUCCUCAUCAAGGGAUUCCUGCGCCGGGGCAGUCUCCUCCACCUACUAUGGGACCUCGUGGUAGUCACCCACACCCUAAUUAUCCUGGUGGUAUGAUACCGUCAUAUGGGGCUACAAAACCUCUCUCACAUUUCCCAGAUCCUAUGGGGAACAAUAACCCAUCAGCUAACUCCCUGCAGCAGUUACAGAACCAGGUCAGAGCCCAGUUCACCCCUGGAGCCCAGGGGCCAGGUCACAUGGGUCAGCAGAUGCAAAUCAACCAAUCACAACAGAUACAGAUGAGUCAGCAUGGCAACCAACACAUGCAGGUUAACCAAUCACAACAGAUGCAGCUGAAUAACCAUAGCAACCAACAGAUCUCAAUGAAUCAGCAACAGAGCUUUACUAUGACUGGUGCAGCUAACCCAAUGGGUGCCCCUGGCCCUAGACAACAGGGACCAACCAACACAAACUAUGCUAGUGAACAAAAUGCAAAACGCAUGAUGGCUGAAAAGUUGCGAUUAGAAAGAGAGGCCAAAAUGCGUGAGCAUCAGCGAAUGGAACAACAGCGUCACCAUGCUGCUAUGGAGCAGCACCGUCAGCAAGAAGCAGCGAUGGAACAGCAUCGUCAGCAGCAGCAGGCAGCGAUGGAGCAGCAGCAACGUCAAAUGCAGCAGCAGCAAUAUAUGAAUCGGCCACCCCCAGAGUAUAAGGGGCCAAUGGGCAGUCAGCAAGUACAAGGUCAGAGUAACCCGUUACAGACCAUGCAGAAGAUGGUAAGUGGGACCAGCCAGCCACCCCAGCCUCACCCAGGCAUGAUGCAGCCAAAGACAGAGCCACCGCAUCCAACCAUGAUGCAGAUCAAAACAGAGCCUCUUAUCCCUGGGCCUGGGCAGCCACCAAAUAUGACUAUUAAAUCCGAGCCUCAGAUGCAGAUUCCUGGUGCCCCAGGGACAGUCAGAGGAGGUGCCCCAAGGACAUACUCACCUAUAACAUGCCAGGGGUACCCCACCCCCAAUCCAUCAUCAUCCCUACCCAGUUAUACAGUCAAGGCUGAACCGCGGUCCCAGCAGAUGUAUUCAACCAAUCAAAAUCCAAUGAUGUCCUCAUUCCAAACACGGCCGCAGGGUCAAAACAAUCCCAUGUACACUAGUGCAAUAAUGCGCAACCAGAAACCCCCAAAUGUAAACGUUGGCCCAGAGGGCUUGAAUAUAUCGCAGCAGCGCCCUGGUGCUGAUUGGUCGAGACAAAUGUCCAAUCCAGGUGCAGGAUCUCAAAUGAACAUGCCAAAUAAUCUAGUUGCUAGAAGAGACAGUGCCAGUAUGGCACAAUACAUGGCACAGCAACAGCAAUCUCAUAGGCAAGUCUCCGUGGCAACCAAUGGACCCCUUGGACAAAAUCAAAUACAAAUGCAGCAGCAUUACUCUCAGCAACAGCAACAAAUUAGUAGUGGCCAUCCCAUGCAAAACAGUGCCAUGCUACAACAACAACAACAACAACAACAGCAACAACAACAAAGUAUGCAAAUGCAUUUGCAACAACAACAACAGCAACACAUGUCAUCUAUAAGCAUUACCGAGUCACAAUCAGUCUCCAUGGCAACCACUCAGCAACAACAAGUGCAACAGCAUUUACAGCAACGGUCUCAACAGCAACAGCAAGCACCCCCACCACAACAACAUAAUUCAACAAGUGGCAAUGACUUUUCUCUAGAUCAACUCUUGGACACUGCAAGUAGUAACAAUGGUCUAUUUGAAAACAUACAACCGGAUUUAUUAGAUGAAAUAUUUGGCAAAUAG